UAAAAAACUCCGGGAGCAGGCACAAGCCCAAACGAUGACGACGGCGUCCGUUUCCACCUCUCGCCCACAGAUCCAGAUUCGUGCUUCCUCCACCUUCUCGUCUCGCACUCUCGCUUCGCUGACAGUAGAAGGGACCAAAUCAAGAAACCCCGCGACAGGGAAGGAGACGGCAAGCCGCCAUGUCGGCGCUGUUCAAUUUUAACUCCUUCCUGACCGUGGUGCUGCUGGUGAUCUGCACCUGCACCUACGUCAAGAUGCAGUUCCCAGCCAUCCUCAACGACCGCACCGGAUUCCGUGGUUUCUUUUGGAAAGCUGCCAGGAUAGUGGGUAUACACAUGCUUCAAUCCAUCAACUUGUAUUUUGAAAGGUUGACUUAUGUUCAAGGCGAGCGAUUGAGCCCUUGGGUAUCAUUCGGGUGCUUCGCUAUGGGAAUAUCCACUAUCUUCUUCUAAUGCCAAGGGGAUCAUCUCCGUAAUUUAGUUAAGGAUGCAGGCCAUUGUUUUUCAAUUAUAGAAAGAAGCAUAUCAUAUUACACCUUUGUUCAUGUUUUUAGUGAAGAGCUGUAUGACCAUUUAAACUGGUUGGAGGCACCGGUGUUCGCAAGAGCUGCACGUUAAUCAAACUAGUACUCAGGUUUGUGCCUGUACUGUGGAUGCAGAAAUGAUAUUAUGAUUGUACCAUCUAUGUUGUGUUUCAAAGAUAAUGAUGUGUUGAAGAUAA